GUUCUGCCGUUCCUUCUUUGUUCAUUCACCUGCUCCAAUAAAUCCUCAUCAUUUCUGCACCGUGAGUCCUGCGUUUGGGUCAUCUCUUCCACGCCUCCACACACAACCCCUGACAGAAUGACACGACCCGUGCCAAGAAGACACGCUUUUGACCCAGCGGACUCGGACCUUUUUGAGCGGCAGGAGGCAGCGCUCUCCUCCUAAGGAGAGACAGCGGCUCUUCGCGGAGCGAGAGCACGUCUUCGAGGGUACUCGCUUGGCUCUGGGCGGGCCUCGGAGACGCCGCGUUCACCCACCUGCUACCUCCCAUGCACCGGAGCAUCUGCCACGGAGAGUAGGCGUUUUGCGCUGCGCUUCGGCGGCUCCCUCUCUCGCGGGUCCGCUCCUCGCUCACACGCGACCUGCCUCAUUCACCGGACCUUCAACCUCGCCAUGGCACAGCGGCUCCGCUUCCCACCUCGGCUCAACAGAGGCUCCCGCGCCAGAGGCUCGGCUGUGUACCCCGCCCGCUUCCUCUUCCCGGAAAAAGUGGCGCACACGCCACCAUAACAUGGACUAUUUUCAGCAACUCCCGGUGGUGAGUUCCAGUGACUGUUUUCCACCCUCCUCAUUUGAUUCUUCACCUAAAAUAACAAAUAGACUCAUCUCUGAUUCAUGGGGAGUUUCCCUCCUAGAUGAGGAUGUGGACUGGGAAGAGUUUUUCUGCUCUGCUCCCCCAAAGACUGUUCAGUUAAAGACUGUAAAUAGUGGUGGCAGAAAAACCAGAACAAUCCCCGAUAAACCUGCCAGUAUCACACACCCAGUCACUAUUUCCACACACAUUACUCAGCCGUUUCCCACCAGCACGACGGCCCAGAUUCGGCCUUCCCCUUCAGCCGUUUCACCUCCUCAGAUGGCUAGGGCCCAGUCUACACCCACAUCAGUGCCAGCUCCCAGGAGGAGGGCAGCUGCGACCCAGUCUUCCUCCACACCCGCUUCUGUUUCUCGGGUGGGGGUGACUGGUGUCCAGCCACCUCCCGUGCCUGUCCCAGUGCCCAGGCUGAGGGCAGCCAGAACCCAGCCUGACCUCCCUAGAGGCUUGGAAGAGCUAACUGGUUCACCUGCUACUUCACCACUUCAUCCACCUCCUGACCCAGCCUUUCACGCCCUCGCACUAUCCCUAGUUAGAUUAGCUGACCUGUCCCCUGCUCAGGCACCAGCUUUACUAGCCCAAGCUGUAGCUUUAUCUCCGUCACUAGCUCAGUCUGUAGCUCAGCCAUUAGCCACACCAACCUCAACUUCGUCGUCAGCCUCGCCUACCUCUGUUCAUCCCUUAGCAUCUCCACUCCAGUCAGUUCCCUCAUCUGCUGUUCAGCUUCCACUCCAGUCAGUUCACUCACCUGCUGUUCAGCCUCCACUCCAGUGCCCUGUAGUUCAGUCUCCUCCUGCCCUCCAGUCAGCUCAGUCUCCUUCAGCCCUCCAGUCAGUUCAGUCUCCUUCUGCCCUCCAGUCAGCUCAGUCUCCUCCUGCCCACCAGUCAGCUCAGUCUCCUUCUGCCCUCCAGUCAGUUCAGUCUCCUUCUGCCCUCCAGUCAGCUCAGUCUCCUCCUGUCCUCCAGUCAGUCCAGUCAGCUCCUGUCCAGUCAGUCCAGUCAGCUCCUGUCCAGUCUGUAGUCCAGUCAGUUCAGUCUGUCAUCCAGUACCCUGUAGUCCAGUUGCCCGUUGCCCAAUCUCUUGAUCAGUCUCUGGUCCAGUCACUCAUCCACCAUCCUGUUCAGUUCCAGGACCUGCAGCCACAGCACCCAGAGCCAGCUGUGAGCUCUCCUGCUCCUCAGCCCACUGGCCCAGCCGCUCUUCAGCCAGGGGUUUCCGCGCCCGCUGGCCCGGCUGCUCUUCAGCCAGGGGCUUCUGCGCCCGCUGGCCCUGCCUGUCUCCAGCCAGGGGCUUCCAUGCCUGCUGGCUCUACAGCUGUGGCUCCGUCACCCCCGGCUCCCGUGCCGUCGCCUCGUUCAGCCUCAGCUUCAGCCUCUGCUUUGCCUGGUCCAGCCUCAGCUUCAGCCUCUGCUUCGCCUGGUCCUGUGGCUGCUGCGCCGUCGCCCCAGCCACGUUCUGGACAUCAUCGCUGGUGUGGCCGCCCACCGGAAAUGCUCAGUGGCCGCCGCCGUCUUCCUCGCGGCCGCCCGCUGGACCUGCUCAGUGGCCGCCACCGUCUUCCUCGCCAGUCUCCUGUCACUCUAGUCAGUCCAGUCAGCUUCUGUCCAGUCAGUCCAGUCAGCUCCUGUCCAGUCUGUAGUCCAGUCGCCUCCUGUCUCCCAGUCGCCCGUCCACCAGCCUGUCCAGUCUGUUGUCCAGUCUUCUGUAGUCCAGUCAGUUCAGUCUGUCAUCCAGUACCCUGUAGUCCAGUUGCCCGUUGCCCAAUCUCCUGAUCAGUCUCUGGUCCAGUCACUCAUCCACCAUCCUGUUCACCUCCCGGACCUGCAGCCACAGCACCCAGAGCCAGCUGUGAGCUCUCCUGCUCCUCAGCCA